CGCCGCGCCAGGAGCUGGGAGGGGGUUCCUGCCGCGCAAGAUGCUGGGGGUCUCCAAACGGCGUUUUCGAGAUCCCCAGCCCACCCCCAGUGUUGGAACCAUGGCUACCAUCAACGAGUUGCCAAAUAACAUCCUCCUGGAAUUGUUCUCCCUGCUCCCCGCCCGGGAGCUGCUGCUGCAUUGCCGGCCCGUCUGCAGCCUGUGGCGGGACCUCAUCGACCUGGUGUCCCUUUGGAAACGCAAGUGCCAGCGAGAGGGCUUCAUCCCCAAGAAGUGGGGCCAGCCUGUGUCCGACUGGAAGGUUUUCUACUUCCUCUGCAGCCUCCAGAGGAACCUGAUCCGCAACCCCUGUGCUGAAGAGGGAUUUGAGUUCUGGACCCUGGAUGUGAACGGAGGAGAUGAAUGGAAGGUGGAAGACUUGCCGGGGGACCACGGGAGGGUGUUCCCCAACUCCCACGUCAAGAAAUACUUUGUCACAUCUUAUUACACCUGUCUCAAGUCUCAACUAGUGGACCUGAAAGCUGAAGGAUACUGGGAAGAGCUAAUGGACAGGACCAGGCCAGACAUCGUGGUCAAGGACUGGUUUGCUGCCAGACAAGACUGUGGCUGCAAGUAUCAGGUCUGUGUACAGCUUCUGUCUUCGGGGCAUGUGCCCCUGGGCACCUUCCAGCCAGAUCCGGUGGCCAUCCAACAGUGGAGUGAUGCCAAGUGGAGAGAGGUCACCCACACCUUCUCCAACUACCCACCUGGUGUCCGCUAUAUCUGGUUUCAGCAUGGAGGAGUGGACACACAUUACUGGGCUGGUUGGUAUGGACCCCGUGUCACCAACAGCAGCAUCACCAUCGGUCCUGAGCUGACCUGAGUCAACACCCAGCCCUCAACUGCUGUACCCCGACCUACUGCUCCAUCAUCCUAGGUCCUCUUUCUUUGCACUGCUGUUACAGUCAACUCUCAAUUAUCCAGGGUCCGUGAGCCUGAC